GUCGCUUUAGCUUCUCCGGUUUUUAAGCAAGUAAUCUUCUUUCGUCUCUAUCUUCUUUACUUGAUUGCUUAUUCAUCUGUUGAUUCUGUGGUUAGGUUUGAUUCUUCUGGCUCUGUUUUGUUCUGUUUUUGGUGUUUAAUUCUUCUUAGCAAGCAAGUAAUAUUCGAUCGUCACUGUUUUUGCUUUGAUUUUGUGAUUUCUCUAUCAAAGAUUAGAACUUUACGUGACCCUUUAAGCGAUCAACAAUUAUCUCACUGUUUUUUCAGAUAAGGGUAUAUGAGUUUGUUGGACAUGGGUGGAGAUAUGAUGGAAGAUGAUUGGGAAUUUGCGUCAUCAUCAAACCCUAAAAGAACCCUAGUUCUUGUGGGCCGUACUGGAAACGGAAAGAGUGCGACAGGUAACAGUAUCCUUGGGAGGAAAGCUUUUAGGUCAAGAGCUAGAACUGUAGGAGUGACAAGCACGUGCGAGUCACAGAGAGUUGUUCAAGAAGAUGGUGAUAUCAUUAAUGUUGUUGAUACUCCUGGUUUGUUUGAUUUGUCUACUGCAGCUGAUUUUAUUGGUAAAGAGAUUGUGAGGUGUAUAAGUUUGGCAGAAGAUGGGAUUCAUGCGAUCUUGUUGGUAUUCUCUGUGAGGCGGCUUGCUGAAGAGGAGCAAACUGUGCUUAGUUUCUUGCAAGCGCUAUUCGGCAGUAAGAUCGCUGACUAUAUGAUCGUUGUUUUUACCGGUGGCGAUGAGUUGGAAGAGAAUGAGGAGACAUUGGAGGAGUAUUUGGCUGACUAUUGCCCUGAGUUUCUUAAAGAAAUUCUUGGGAUAUGUGACAAUCGGUUGGUGUUGUUUAAUAACAAGACUACUGAUAAGGUGAAGAAAGCUGAGCAAGUUCAGAAGCUUCUCUCACUUGUUGAAUCUGUUGUUAAACAGAACAAUGGAAAACCGUAUUCAGAUGAGUUGUUCCAUGAGCUACAGGAAGAGGCUAUCAAGCUAAGGGACCAGAAAAAGGAGGUUGAGUUACUUCAGGGUUACUCUAAUAAUGAGAUAGAUGAGUUCAAGAAGCAAAUCGAUAUGUCCUAUGAUAGGCAGCUUAGCCGCAUCACCGAGAUGGUGGAGACUAAGCUGAGAGACACUGCUAAGAGACUAGAGCAGCAACUAGGUGAAGAGCAAGCUGCAAGACUUGAAGCGGAGAAGAGGGCAAACGAAGUUCAGAAGCGGUCGAGCGAUGAGAUUAAGAAGCUCAGAGAGAAUCUGGAGAGGGCGGAAAAAGAGACGAAGGAACUUCAGAAAAAACUGGGAAAGUGCAUCAAUCUAUGAUAUGUUGAGAUGUUGUAGCUCCAGUGAAAUCUGAUAAGAUCAUUCAUGUCAAGUUUUUUUAUGUAGUCUUUUGUUUUCUUUUGGUUUUUUAACAAUAUGGUUUUAUCAUUAAUGGCAGUGUGUUAUAAGUUUGCUUAAAUCAUACCCCUUAUUUUAGGUGCAUCCAAAUCACUGAUCCAAUACGUCCAAUUUUUUUGGUGUAAACAUGACGUUUUGUUUGGUGACAGUUAGAAAACUCUUUUGGUAAGGGCCCUCUUUGUCAUAUCACCAUAUGGUUUUCUAAUCAUAGACAAUAAGACGCAUGCAUGUG